AGUGAAGAGGAAGCUCCUAAGAGACGAAAAAUACCAGACAGUGAUGAAGAAGAGAAGGAGGAGGAGAAGACAGUAAAGCGGAAAACAGCUGUUCUUUCUGACAGUGAGGAUGACAAUGAGAAAACAUCUGCAAAAAAAGUACGAAUCCUUUCUGAUGUCGAAGAAUCAGAUAGUGAUGCUGUUUCAGAGAAAUCUGACAAAAGGAAGAAAAAUAUUGUGUCAGAUAGUGAAGAAGAAGAAGAAAGAAAAGAGAAUGCUGGGAAGAAAACAGAAGAGAAAGAUCUGUUUGGCAGCGACAGUGAAUCUGGAAAUGAACAAGAGAACCUGAUUGCAGAUAUAUUUGGAGAAUCUGGUGAUGAGGAAGAAGAGGAAUUUACAGGUUUUAACCAGGAAGAUUUGGAGGAGGAGAAAGGUGAUGCAGACAUGAAGGAGACAGCAGAUGAAUCGGACUCUGACGAUAACAUCAAAAGAGGGAAGCAUAUGGACUUCAUGUCAGAUUUUGACAUGAUGCUGCAACGAAAGAAGAGUAUGAGUGGCAAGCGUAGACGAAACCGUGAUGGUGGAACUUUUAUUAGUGAUGCAGAUGAUGUGGUCAGUGCUAUGAUUGUGAAGAUGAAUGAAGCUGCUGAGGAGGAUCGACAGCUGAAUACACAAAAGAAACCAGCACUAAAGAAAUUAACAUUACUACCAACUGUAGUUAUGCAUCUUAAAAAGCAGGACCUCAAAGAAACUUUCAUCGAUAGUGGUGUCAUGUCUGCCAUCAAAGAGUGGCUUUCUCCUCUUCCAGACCGAAGUCUGCCAGCACUGAAAAUACGAGAGGAGCUUCUGAAGAUCCUGCAAGAGCUGCCCAGUGUGAGCCAAGAGACCCUGAAGCACAGUGGCAUUGGACGAGCUGUGAUGUACCUCUACAAACACCCCAAAGAGUCGAGACCUAACAAGGAUAUGGCAGGGAAACUAAUCAAUGAAUGGUCUCGACCCAUCUUUGGCCUUACCUCAAACUACAAAGGCAUGACAAGAGAAGAGAGGGAACAGAGAGAUUUGGAACAGAUGCCUCAGCGAAGGAGAUUGAGCAGUUCUGGUGGUCAGACUCCCCGCAGGGACCUGGAAAAAGUGUUAACUGGAGAGGAAAAGGCUCUUAGACCCGGAGACCCUGGGUUCUGUGCCCGUGCGAGGGUGCCAAUGCCCUCCAACAAGGACUAUGUGGUCAGACCAAAGUGGAAUGUGGAGAUGGAGUCCUCCAGGGGGACCUCUAAGAAAGGGGUGAGUCGACUGGACAAACAGAUGCGGAAAUUCACAGAUAUCAGGAAAAAAAGCAGAUCAGCCCAUGCGGUGAAAAUCAGCAUUGAGGGCAAUAAGAUGCCAUUGUGACCCUUCACAGAAUACCCCAUGAUCUCUGCUGUAAGACAGUACACCCAUAGACUCUUGGGAGACCUUUAAAUUUUUUAACAACUUGUUUGGGUUUUUAUUUUUUAGUGAAUCUUUAAAUUGUUGGUUCAGGUUCUGGUAUAAGUGUUGUCUGAGGACUGUGAAUAUGGGGACUCCUUUCUCCUGAUUGUAUUUAAACCUGCUCUAUUGUGUCCUUUGUACAGAUCACAUAUUUGUUGUAUUGCAACACUUUAGACAAUAAAACAUCUUCUGUUUU